ACUAUAAAAUACUUACUUAUAUGGAAAACUAUAAAUAAAUCAACUAUAAUACUAUUAUUAUCAUUAUUCACCUAUCCGAUCAUAAUUGGAAGCUAGCAUAUAUAUCCUAAAGUUUAAUUUCUACUACUCAAUUACUUACAAUUAAACUUGUGAUCUAUUCUCAAAGCAAAAUAUCAAGGUGCAAAUGGCUGGCAUAACAGAAAAUGGAAGAAGAAUCAUGGUAGCUAUUGAUGAAGGUGAUGAGAGCAUUUAUGCUCUCACAUGGUGCCUCAAGAACUUAAUUUUUAAAAAUUCCAAAGAUCAUCUUAUCCUCCUCUAUGUUAAACCUCCUCGUGUCGUUUAUUCUGCCUUUGAUGGCACAGGAUAUCUUUUCUCAUCCGAUAUAACGGCAACCAUGGAGAAAUAUAGCCAACAAGUUGCUGAUUGUGUGUUGGAGAAAGCCAAAUUAAUCUGUGGUGACGUCCAAAAUGUGGAAACAAGGAUAGAGAAUGGGGACCCAAGGGAUGUAAUCUGUGAGGCGGUUCAAAAAUUGGGUGUUGAUAUCUUGGUCAUGGGAAGCCAUGGAUAUGGCGUCAUCAAGAGGGCUUUCCUUGGAAGUGUGAGCAACCACUGUGCACAGAAUGUGAAGUGCCCUGUUUUGAUUGUGAAGAAACCAAAAUCAACUGCUGGAGGAGAUAAUUAAUAAUAUCUAAUUAUAUUUUCUUUGUUUUGUUUUUUUCCUGUAAAUAAAAUCUAAAAUACUUUGCUUAUUAUGCUGCUAAUGCUAUGAACAAUGUGUCCUUUGGGAUGUGCAUCAUGUUUUGUUCCUUCUUUCCUCUUAGAAGGAAUAUAUCUUUUGAAAUAUUAAAUGAUAAAGGUUAAAGUGGUAUGUUUAUUUUUA